UCUUCUUCCUCCUGCAAACCCUCCUCUCCCACUUACACGAAUGCAUUGUAUGAAGCAGAGCUUCGAUCAACCUCAAUCUCUGCUUCAAUGGAUUCCAUCACUCUUCUCUCACUCACUCCCAUCUCUUCCAACUCAGUACUCAAGCUCAAGUCCCCUUCUUUUUCCUUCUCAACAUCUAUCACAAGGCAGUCUCAAGCUUUCCUGCUGCUUAGCUGUUGAUAGGGAGAAUCAUUCCCCUCCAACUAGAAUCGGCGAUGAUCUAAGGAUCAUGUUUGCCGCUGGAGGUACCGGUGGCCAUAUCUACCCUGCCGUCGCCAUUGCUGAUGAACUCAAGACUAUUAACCCUAGCAUUCAAGUCCUCUUUGUUGGAACCAAACAUGGAAUGGAAAGCACAGCAAUCCCUUCCGCGGGCUACGAUUUCGUCUCUAUCCCCGCCGUGCCGUUGACCCGUCCCUUAUUUUCUCUCCAAAAUCUCCUCCUGCCGUUCCGUCUGUUCAAGUAUGUGGUACAGUGUCGGAAGGUGGUGAAUGAUUUUGAUCCUCAGGUCGUCUUCGGGACUGGUGGCUAUGUCUCCUUGCCUGUGUGCCUAGCUGCGGCACUCAAUGGGUUGAAGCUCGUGAUUCAAGAGCAGAAUUCUAUGCCCGGGAUAGCUAAUCGAAUUCUCUCGCUUUUUGCUGAUCUUAUUUUUGUUGCUUUCAAUUCGUCACUUGAGUAUUUUCCCAAGCACAAAUGUAUUGUAAGUGGGAAUCCUGUUAGGUUGUCUCUGAGGCAUUAUGCGUCCAAGGCCGUGGCAAGGUCCCAUUUAUUUCCGAAGGCAGCCAAAAAAGCUGGGGAUUCAGAGGCCAAGGUUGUGUUGGUGCUCGGGGGAUCUUUUGGUGCCAAUGCGAUUAACAUUGCGCUUCUGAACAUUUAUUACCAGAUGCUGCAGGAACAUAAGAACAUGUUCAUCAUAUGGCAGACGGGUGUUCAAGCAUUUGAUGAGAUGGAGAGCCUCGUUAGGGAUCAUCCCCGUUUGCUAUUGAGUUCGUUCUUGCAUUCAAUGGAUUUGGCAUAUGCGGCUGCAGACCUUGUUGUUUCUAGAGCUGGUGCAAUGACUUGCUCUGAGAUCUUGGCCACUGGAAAACCUUCUAUUCUGAUCCCGUCACCAAAUGUUGCUGAGGGACAUCAAACAAAAAAUGCUUUUAUCAUGGCAGAUAUAGCUGGUUCAAAGGUUAUAACAGAAGAUGAACUUGAUUCAACUACUCUUGCAAUUGCAAUUGAAGAGAUCUUAGGGAAUGAGAGUCUGAUGGCAGAAAUGUCUGAUAAGGCUAUGAAAGCGGCACGACCUGGUGCUUCUGUAGAGAUUGCUCAACACAUUCUUUCUCUUGUGAAGUUAUUAACAGUGUAGGGAG